AUGUGGAACUUUACUUCAUCAAUUCCCAUUGUAAAUACCCCUCAUCAUUUGAAGUGUAAAGUUCCACCAAAGGAUAUACCUGAAGAUCCUCCAAAGGAACCUAAGAAGGGCGUCUCAAAUGCUGAUUCAUCACUCUUUCAUUGUAUGCUUGCGGGUGGAGUUGGUGGGAUUAUCGGUGAUACUGUAAUGCAUUCCCUAGAUACCGUUAAGACUAGACAACAAGGUGCACCAAAUAUUUUAAAAUAUAAGAAUAUGAUUCAAUCAUAUAGUACCAUAUUGAUUGAGGAAGGAGUACGAAGAGGUCUAUAUGGUGGUUAUUCUGCUGCAAUGUUGGGUUCAUUCCCAAGUGCUGCCAUCUUUUUUGGAACUUAUGAAUUUACAAAAAGAAAAAUGAUUACUGAUUGGGGAAUUAAUGAUACUACCUCCCAUUUAGUUUCUGGCUUCCUUGGUGAUUUUAUUUCAAGUUUUGUAUAUGUUCCAUCAGAAGUAUUAAAGACAAGAUUACAAUUACAAGGUAAAUAUAAUAAUGAACAUUUCUUUUCGGGUUACAAUUAUAGAAAUCUUAGAGAUGCAGCAAAGACGAUAACCAAGAAUGAGGGUGUUCGUGCUUUAUUUUAUGGUUAUAAUGCUACUCUUGCAAGAGACUUACCUUUCAGUGCUUUACAAUUUGCAUUUUAUGAAAAAUUUAGAGAAGCUGCAUUUUCAUUUGAUAAAAAAAAUGCAAAUUCAGAAAGUCUCACAUUACCAUUUGAGAUUCUUACAGGUGCCGCUGCUGGUGGUUUGGCAGGUAUUAUUACAACGCCCUGUGAUGUAGUGAAGACAAGGUUGCAAACUCAAAGAAGCCCGAGUAAUUUACCAGACACUCCUACAAUGACACAUAUCCCCGUAAAUAAUACCAAUAAUAAUAAUAAUAAGAGACAACCUGUUGUCCUCACGGAUUCUAUAUUCAAAAGUUUUAAAGCAGUAUAUCGUACAGAAGGUCUCAUUGGUCUAUUCAGUGGUGUUGGACCAAGAUUUGUAUGGACAAGUAUACAAAGUAGUAUAAUGCUGUUAUUAUACCAAAUGACAUUAACACAGUUGCGUAAAUCAUCCGUAUUAUAA